UAAUGUCGGUUCUUUAGGAAAUAAAUAAACCAAAACCGAGCCCUAAACGGAUAAAAACCGGAACACGACAAUCAUAAGAUUGCUCGAAUUGGGACAAUUCUCUUUCUAGGGUUCGGUAAUCAAUCAUGGCUACUGCUUCAGUGGCGUUUAAGUCUAGGGAGGACCACAGGAAACAGUUGGAAUUAGAAGAGGCGCGAAAGGCUGGUCUUGCACCAGCAGAGUUGGAUGAGGAUGGAAAAGAAAUCAAUCCUCACAUUCCUCAGUAUAUGUCUUCAGCUCCCUGGUAUCUUAAUGCGGAGAGAUCGAGUUUGAAACAUCAAAGGAAAUGGAAAUCAGAUCCGAAUUACACGAAAUCAUGGUAUGACAGAGGUGCAAAAAUAUAUCAGGCUGACAAGUAUAGAAAGGGUGCAUGUGAAAAUUGCGGAGCAAUGACCCACGAUGCUAAGUCAUGCAUGGAUAGGCCACGCAAAUUAGGAGCAAAAUGGACUGGAAAACAUAUUGCUCCUGAUGAGAAGAUAGAACAGUUUGAGCUGGAUUAUGGUAAAAGGGACCGUUGGAAUGGUUAUGAUGCUGCUUCGUAUGCUCAUAUAAUUGAACGAUAUGAAGCAAGGGAUGAAGCAAGAAAGAAAUACCUGAAAGAGCAACAACUAAAAAAGUUGGAGGAGAAAAAUAACAAAGAAGAUGAAGAGAAAGGCGAUAGCGAAGAUGAAAAUUUUGAAGAUGCUUUGAAGGUAGAUGAAGCCAAGGUUGAUGAAAGCAAGCAGAUGGAUUUUGCAAAAGUGGAGAAGCGUGUACGAACCACUGGUGGUGGAAGUACGGGAACUGUUAGGAAUCUACGUAUCCGGGAAGAUACAGCAAAAUAUCUUCUUAAUCUUGAUGUCAAUUCUGCACAUUAUGAUCCCAAGACCCGGUCUAUGCGUGAAGACCCUCUUCCAGAUAUGGAUCCAAAUGAAAAAUUCUAUGCUGGUGAUAACCAAAAUAGAGUUAGUGGUCAAGCAUUGGAGUUCAAACAGCUGAAUAUUCAUGCUUGGGAAGCUUUUGACAAGGGUCAUGAUGUGCAUAUGCAAGCAGCUCCUUCCCAAGCAGAACUGCUUUACAAAAAUUACAAGGUUAACAAAGAGAAACUGAAGUCACAAACAAAGGAGGAUAUCAUGGAGAAGUAUGGUAAUGCUGCUAGUGAAGAAAUACUUCCGAGAGAACUUCUGUUGGGUCAGAGUGAGAGAGCAGUUGAAUAUGAUUGUGCUGGUAGGAUUGUGAAGGGACAGGAGAUGUCUAUCCCUAGGAGCAAAUAUGAAGAAGAUGUUUACAUCAAUAACCACACCACAGUUUGGGGUUCAUGGUGGAAGAAUCACCAGUGGGGUUACAAAUGCUGCAAACAAACAAUCAGAAACAGCUAUUGUACAGGUGCUGCUGGAAUUGAAGCAGCUGAAGCAUCUGCUGAUCUUAUGAAGGCCAAUAUUGCUCGCAAAGAGUCCGCUGAAGAUACGCAUGAGCCGGUUGAGGAAAAGAGGCUCGCUACUUGGGGAACUGAAGUUCCUGACGAUUUGGUUCUGGACCAGCAAAAGUUGGCUGAAGCUCUUAAGAAGGAGGAUGUAAAGAAAAGAGAAGAGAGGGAUGAAAGGAAAAGGAAAUAUAAUGUGAACUACAAUGAUGAGGUUACACCGGAAGAAAUGGAGGCCUAUAGAAUGAAGAAGGUCCUCCAUGACGAUCCAAUGAAGGACUUCUUGCACUGAGUUAUGAAUGUGGCAGAAGAGCAAAGUCCAUUUCUGCACCUGUUUAGGUAGCACUUGCCAUCACAUGCAUGUAGGUGAAUUGUACCAGGAGAAUGAAAGGUUAAUUCUGAGUUCUGUCCGUUGUUUCUGUGAUUUGGUUGUGAUGUUUGUAAAAUACUCCCGAACACAACCCACAGGGAAAAUAAAAACUUAUAUGGGAGAAACUCCUUGGAUGAUUAAUACUUCGUUGUGCUUGUAAUGUAUAUACUGCUUCAACCUCAUUUCUCUGUUAUUGCAAUAUAAUUGUCGCAUGAAUGUCU